AAUCCCCUUGGAACCCACAAACAAAAAUCUGUUUCCGGAAAAAAGAAAAAAAACAACACAAGAGGUGGUGGGGAGAGAGUCCAAAGCAGCGAGGAGAGGAGAAAAGAAGAAUGGGAUACCAAAGCGGAGAAGAAGAAGAGGGAGUCAUGGCUACUGACUUUUUCUGGUCUUACACAGACGAGCCACAUGCCUCCCGCAGAAAAAUCAUCCUCUCCAAAUACCCUCAAAUAAAACAACUCUUUGGCCCCGACCCCUUUGCUUCCCUCCAGAUUGCUGCGGUUGUAUUGAUUCAACUAUGGACCGCAGCUUUCCUCAGCAAUGCAUCAUGGUUGAACAUCCUAAUCGUAGCUUACUUCUUUGGCUCUUUUCUCAACAACAAUCUCUUCUUAGCCAUCCACGAACUCAGCCACAACUUAGCCUUCAGCACCCCCCAUUACAACCGAUGGCUCGGCAUAUUCGCUAACCUCCCCAUCGGUGUGCCAAUGUCCGUCACCUUCCAAAAGUACCACCUCGAGCACCACCGGUAUCAGGGCGUGGACGGCGUCGACAUGGACAUUCCCAGCAAAACUGAGGCCUUUCUCGUUCGAAACGCCUUCACCAAAUCAAUCUGGGUGAUGCUGCAGCUCUUCUUCUACGCCCUUCGCCCUCUGUUUCUGAAACCCAAGCCCCCGGGGCUGUGGGAGUUUGUCAACUUGAUUGUGCAAGUAGGGCUGGAUGUUGGCAUGGUGUAUGUGUGGGGGUGGAAGGCAUUGGGUUAUCUGAUACUGUCUACAUUUGUUGGGGGUGGGAUGCACCCCAUGGCUGGCCACUUCAUCUCCGAACACUACGUUUUCAACCGGGAUCAAGAGACGUAUUCGUAUUACGGCCCUCUGAAUCUCAUGACAUGGAACGUGGGCUACCAUAACGAGCACCAUGACUUCCCAAGGAUCCCCGGGAAGAAGCUUCAUAGGUUGAGGGAGAUUGCACCAGAGUAUUAUGAUACCUUGGAUUCCUAUAAGUCUUGGAGUCAGGUCAUCUACAUGUACAUUAUGGACACGGCUGUCGGCCCGUAUAGCCGGAUGAAGAGAAGCCUAUCGGUGAAGACCAACACCAAAUCUCACUAGCUUGGAACUACUCAUAUGCUUUGAUGAGAUAUGUGGUCGUUUUGUUUUAGCUCUCAUUCUUUUAAGUUUCUUUGGAGGAUUAGUGUUUGUUUAGCUUUUUAGUCGUUUGUGUUGAGAGACAGAAUGAGUCGGUGGAGAAAUGUUUCCCCAGCCCGGCCUCCAUUAAUCUUGAAUACAUACAUAUACUUGAUUUCGAUCUCAA